ACAGUGACGGGACACAUUAUCGUCAUCGUACAACUCCAGGAGCAUCCGCAGUUCAAGAGAGCAUUUGGUGAUCUCUAUGUGGAACAUUGGCUCAGUCUGGCACAGGCAUUUUGUGCCUUCCACAAUUUGCUCUGACUCAUCUCGAUGGUAGACGGUUGCUCAUCCAGUUAAAUCCAGGGGAAGUCGUGAAACCUGUAAUCAACUGUGAAGGGAUGCCUUUACAUCAAGUUCCGGUGCCUUCUCACCUGAACAAUGCCGUUCUCUGCAUAAAAUUCUGCUUGCAAGCUUUAGCAGCCUAUCAGUUGUCUGACAUGAAGCUGAUAAACGUGAAGAAACCACUCCAUAUGAUGUUAGCAUCGGAGAACAAACGAGGAUAAGGCAGCAGCAGCGGGAAGAGGAGGAAGUUUCAGAUGAAGACAAGGAUAGAGCUGCACGCGUGCACUGUGCCCAGAGGUCUCUCGCUGGGCAUCAUGAGAGCCCAUCACAUUUGCUAUUUAUGCUGCCACUCAUCAUUGCCCCUCCUCCUCGAGCACCUUUUGGCUUCCUUCUCCCUCCAUGGAAGAAGAGUUACUCCUCCAAGAAUGUGAAGCUAACACCUGUUCUUCUUCUUCUUCUUCUUCCUCGACCAUCACCUCCUCCGCAUCCUCGUCCUCCUUGUCCUCCAUGGCCACCUCUUGCUGCCCCAAUGCCUCACCGGAACUACCUGGUCAAAGCUCGAACAAGGAGAAGAAGACGUCUAGGAGUGGAUCCAAGAGACAGGCUCAGGCUGCUCCUGCUGGUGGUGGGGGUGGAGCCGAGAAGCGAAGCAAGGAUGGGAAGCAUCCGGUGUACCGUGGCGUUCGAAUGCGGAAUUGGGGCAAGUGGGUGUCGGAGAUCCGGGAGCCGAGGAAGAAGUCGCGGAUCUGGCUGGGGACGUUCCCGACGGCGGAGAUGGCGGCCCGGGCGCACGACGUGGCGGCGCUGGCCAUCAAGGGCCAGUCCGCGCACCUCAAUUUCCCAGAAUUGGCCGCCGAGCUGCCGCGGCCGGCCACCGCGGCUCCCAAGGACGUCCAGGCCGCAGCAGCCCUCGCCGCCGCGGCCACAUUCUGUGGGCCAUGCACGACCUCCCAGUGCUCGGCCCCGGACCAGGCCGAGCAGCCGGACCCCACGACGCCGCCGAGCGGCGACGACGACGCGCUCUUUGACCUGCCAGAUCUCUUCCUCGGCCUAAGAGAAGGAUUCUGCUACUCCUCCUCGUCUUCUUCUUCUGCAUGGCUGCCCUCCACGGAGGAAGACGGCGUCGAGUUCCGAAUCGAAGAACCAUUCCUUUGGGAAGACAAUUAACCUGCGCAACCCAAUGCAUGCAUGCAUCCAUCCAUAUCCCUUCUGUCCACCUCCAAUGGCGUGAGCAACGGAAGCAACACGUGCACCGUCCACCAUGAGCUUCCUCCUCAACUGCAACUGGAAAGCAGAGUCCAAAUCCACAAGCUCUGCAACUCUUCUACCUGAAUUACUCAUCCGCUCUGCACGAUCGAAUGGUCAAACAACAAUAAUGAGGCAGGAACACAUGUUUACUUUCUUGCAUCACAAGUUAGUCUGCGAUGGCAGGCAGGCAUCGAUAUGAGUGUGAAUAAGCUUUGAAUUCAUGUGUAUGUGAAUAAAGAACAGGAUUCAAAGGCGAUGGUCGUCGUUGCUAUCUCCCCUUUUGCUGAAUUGGAAAGCAUUUGCUCUGAUCAUGUGCUUGGCUACUAUGGACAUAGUGACAAAAGUACUAGCAGUACAUUUCUUUUCCUCAUUUGACGAAUAAUACAUCUUUAUCAGCAUUCGUUACCCACUCGUCAAGAUGAUCUUUCAGCACUAAGCGAGAAUCUAAGCUGCACUUUUAUGUAUUCGUAGAUA